UAUCUCGGUCCCUGUCUCCCUCUGACACCAUUACAGACACAAGCGGGCUGGAGAUAAGUCCUGUAUCGCCUGACCAGGAUAUAACUGUCAAUACACCUGUAAGCUUGCACCAGCCAGUGACUGCAGUUAUGAUAGGAGGACCGAGCAUGGUGGAGGAAAGGUGUAUGUAAUAUUGAACUCACACUGCCUUUAGAUAUGGAGCAUUUGUGAAGGAAAUCUAGGUGUUCUUUGUGUCUUCGGUGGAAGGACUAGUAUUUCAAAGAGAGAGAGAGAAGGUUUUUAACUUUGGGAAGAUGGAGUGGUCGGGAGAUGCAGAUUUGAAUUUGGGUUCAAUUCCGAGUGAUGUUGGAUCUGGAAAGGUUGUCAGUGACGUAGGAUGUGAUCUAAACCAAAAUGAGGAACGUUGUGAUGGUGAAAAGAAAACUUGUCCGGAGGAAGACAUGUCGUCCAGUGUUGAUAUUGAGGUCAUUAACAAGAAAGAUGACAUUAACCCUAGUCAUAAAGAGGAUGAAGUUAGUUCCGGAGCAUCUGUGAAUGGAAACGGCAAUCUUUCGAGGAAUGAAGGCAUGGACGUUGUCGCCAACGUCGUUUCAAUACCAGAGCAACACUGUGAACAAAAUGACGCGAAACACGAUGUAGAGGUGGAUGCCAAACCUGAGUUGACGGAAGCCCCACUUGAGACCAACAACGACACCGAGAAACAAUGUGAUCAAGAUAUUAACGGGAAUUCAGCCACAGAACAAGACAAUAACCUCUCUCUCAACGCAGCUCCAACAUCUCUCGCUAAACAAGAAUCUAACGGCGUUAAGAAAACCCCAAUCAAGAGAACUGCCUCUAUACCUACAAAGCUCCCUCUCUCUCGCAAUAGCUCCCGAACGUCAAGCGGUAACUCUUCCCCAGCGAGCCCUGGUGCAAAACCUCUGUCCAAGAAUACCAAAGGGAAACAGGAAUCUUUGCUCAAUGGGAAUAAAUCGACUGACGCUUCAACGUCAGACAAAGCGAACGGCAAUGCUUCACCAGACACCAGCAAACGUGUUCUCAAAAGAAAACCGUCGAAGUCGAAACUGCCUGUAAGCAGUGGAACGCCAUCUGAUGUACCAAACACGUCUCCGUUCACAACACAACCCCCUGUACCCGGGAAACAAGCGCCACUUGAGAAAUGUCCACCAUCACCUGUAGAUGUUAACUCAGGUCCGAUCCGGAAAAAGUCAACAUCCAAGCUUCCUAUCGCAGAAUCCCCUCAACCAGCCCCUCCUGCUACAUCCACACCGGACCCAAAGGGGGGUCCAAGUGCUCCUUCAGCACCAGACAUACCCCCCAUCACUCCCAAGAACGUUACCCAGGCACCGAAGAACGCCAUGACCCCAAGAAGGAUCAUUGAGGAAAACGAGGCUUGGAAGGAACAAGUCAAACAGUUCCAGCUAUUCAAGAUGGCGAUGUCAGAGACUGUGAACUGUGACCCACGGACCCGUUUUCUCCGUUGUCUGUUCUGCACACAUCUUUUCACCAUGAACGGUCGUGAACCCCGGAUGUUGGGCUGUUGUCUCAACGCAAUCUGCUCUGCGUGCGCAUCAAAGCUGUGUCUUGAGAGCUCCUCGCACCUCCGCUGCCCCGUAUGUCGACAAUCCAUUACCCAGCCUAACGCCAACAAAACAGACGAGUCCAUUGACGUCAUCGACGAGUCCGUUGUGGAUGGAGGGACAGUGGAUCUGCCUGUUGAGCUGAUAAGGAGCAAAACCAUGGAAUUCCAACACAUCCAGAAGGGGAUGACCUUUCCGUGUUUGGUCUGCAAGAAGACACAGUCCACGUGGUUUUGCGAGAACUGUGAUGGAUACAUGUGUGACGUAUGCCGUGACGAACACAAGGAGGACACAAAGACGAAACGCCACAGCACCGUAGCGGUGACCAAUCUGAAGGCCAGACAGCUCAAGGACUUUAAACAACAUUACUGCAAAGAUCAUAGUUUCUCUAAGGUUACACUGUACUGUACCACAUGCAAACAGGUCGUAUGCAACAUGUGUAUUCGAGACGGGCAUGACAGAGACACACACAAUGUUCUCACAAUACAAGAAGCCUUCGGCGCCAGGAUUAAGCAGACUGGGAAACUGUUGUCUAAAGCACGAAAGAAGCACCGACAUUUGACAGACUACGGCCAAUCGUUGAAAUUGAGGUCGGACAGCAACGUUGUGUCUGAAGCAACCGCCAAAGAGAGCAUCAAUGAAGUAUUCGACCACCUCAUGGAUGUCAUGCAACGUCGUCGUACAGAACUGUUGGAUGAGGUGGAAGGUGAAUCGUCCACGCUUACAACAUCUGCGACGGUGGAUACCGAUUCUACCGACUGUCGCCUGUCCAUGCUCAACACAGCGACCGACUAUGCAAAAGAGUAUAAAACUAAGGCCGACAACGUUGAGUUCUUGCAGCUCUUCCCGAUGGUGUCCAACUCCCUCAAGAACGCCCUUGACAUUCCAAAUGGCCAAAUUCACAACUCACGACAGGGUGUUGUAUUCUCUCCCUGGAAUCUGAAUAUGGUGGAGACGUUGUUGAAGACGGCGGGGCAGCUACGGGUUGUCACCUACAAGCCGACAGGACGUAAGGGACGAGAGGAGAUCCAGUUGAAACCAUCAUUGCGCCCAGAAGGGCAUGACCUGGAUGUGACCACCACCAUAGAGGAACAGGGCAAGGAAGUCAAGACAGUCAAGGACAUCGUCUGUUGCCAUGACGACCGGGUCAUCAUGAUUCCAGCAAGUGAAGACAGAGGAGCAAUCCGAAUAAGCUGCCCUAGACUAUCAUUCGAUCUCCAGACACUUCACUCAGAUAGGACAGUCACACCAGAGGGCGUAAUGGUCAACUACGCUCCUGAGCGCCCCCUACCGAACACCGGAUGUCGUCUGCGCGCCUACCCCGGAUCAAUGGCGGACACGGCUCUGGACGGGACCGGAUUCAUGAUGUGGGUUGUGAAAACCAAGGUUCACAUUAAACAGCGUGUUCCUGAUAACAAGAUGUUAUUUGAGGCCGCAUUGACUGGUACUCCCGUAGAUGCUCCCCUCAGUCAAAGAAUUGAUUCAAGCCUCGUUUUGGCUGGAUGCGAUCUUCACCAUGACCUUUGCAUCAAAAUCAAAUAUUGCUGCAAAAAUCUGGCGCAUUUUUGUGGCUGCAAGAACGCCGUUGGUGUGAGCACAGACUUCCAGUUUGGCAUGUUACUUGAUUUUGAUCGUCGUCGUCUCCACGUUCUUGAUUUGAUCUCCAACACGGUUGUAAGUAAAGCCGAGAGGAUCAGUGUUCACAAACCUCUGUGGUCGAUAUUCUGCGUUGGGAGGUACACGUACGCCGACGUCAAGCUAGAGCUGAACACGGCCGACAAGGUCAAGGUCACACCAGAGCUGUUUCAGUUGUUGACGAAAGUUGUUGAUCAAGAGAGAGCGCCGAAAAAAUAGGAUUAGGACGGACAAUGUAAUCAUGUUUACUCGAAGCCCUGGGGAUGAUAAUAUGUUUAUCGAGUUAUCCGUCGUUCGAUACAAGCGAAGUGUCAGAGAGACCGAUAUAUUUGUCAGGUUAGAACUCUUUUAUGGUUGGAGUUUCCGAAACAAGUAAUUCAAUAACAUCAAACAUGCCAGGAAGAAUAUGGCAACGAGUACAGUACUGCUACAGAACUUGAGUAUCCGAUCUGUAAUCAGCUUGGACUGAAACACACCAACAACCAAAGUUAUUAGGUUACCCAGGAGAGUACAACUGUAACAAAACCUGGUGUAUGGCACCACGGCAUGAUUCAGAGAUAUAAAUUAGAUUAUUCCUGGACAACCUGCAGUGAGCUCUCUCUGUCUCGAAUUUGACGAACGAAAUCUUACAGUUCGAGAUAUAAUGUAAUUCGAGAUACAAACCUGUUUCCAAAACAUUUUUCAAUUCUUCACUCUGAUUGUUCUCGCAACAUAUAACACCAUCAUUUCAAAUACCAGGUGAUCUACACUUGUCAAAUGGUCUGCUGUGAAAUGAAAUUAGUCACUUAGUAGUGACAAGUUUUAGCUUAACAAUCUGUUACGAUCUAGGGGACCAUUCCAUAAUCGCUGGAUGAGGGUAGUGACACCCCACCCCCCAAAAACCAAAUGGUUAUUCCCUAAAUAUUGAAUAUCGAGGAAUUCGAGAAACGCAGUAAUAACAAUUAGACCUUGACCUUUAGUAGCAUGACGUACCAUGCGUAUCUCGAGAUGAUCAUGAAUUACCAGUUAAAGUGUUCGAGAGUUGUCAGGCCAGUGUAUUAAGAGCACACUUCUGAUGUAAAAUAUCAUUGAAUAUUUAGUGACGACAUAUUCUGUUUACUGGAAAGUAAAAACAUAUAAUUUUCUUUCAGAUAUAUAUUAUUCCAUGCUAAAAUAGUUACUAUUUCUUUUACCUGUCCUAAUCUGCAAGAAGGUAUUUUCAGAGUAUGGUCAUGAAUAUAUAUUUUACAACAGAACAAUUAGUUUACUCUUUCGUCAAAAUAUCAGGCGAGGUGGCCAUGUUACUUGAGCCAAAUAUCAUCAUAUACUGUAAAGGCUCUUUAAUGUGUGACUGGAGAGAUUUGAUAUUUGCUAUAUUUACUGUAUAAAAGUGAGACAAGUGAUUCAGUACACUGCGGGCUUUCACGGUAUUCAUGCCAAAUAUUUAUUUAUAUUUUUUACAUGGCAUUGAAAUGUAAUGAUAAACAUAUUUGUACGGCGAGUGGAAAUGUAUUUAACUCUAUUGUUUGCGUGAAUGAUUUAUACAACAUUAAGAUGUUACCUUUUCUUAUCAAUAUCCAAAUAUGAUUAGGUCGGACGAUCGUAUUUCGUUUUUAUUGCGACUUUUAAACCACUUCAACCAUCAUACAAACGUGGAAAGAAUUAUGUAAAGAUAUGUUCGAUUUGAAAAUCAAGACUCAAUCGUAAUGAAAUCAGAUCUAAGUUCUCUGGUGAUAUACUAGGGUGUGCGGAUUCAAUGACAGAUCACGUUUCUAAGGGUUUCAGUGUGACCAGAAAAUCGUCAAAAGAAUUGCAUGAGUGGAAGUCAUCAGCUGUUUAACUCGAGAAUUUACGAAUCCCGUCAAACCCAUCGUUUGUCUUCCGCUUCAAUGGGAUAAAUAUCCGAAACGAAAUUAUUGUCUUAGUCACGUGGGGAGUACUGUUCCCAGGGCCUCCUUUCACAAAGCACUAAGGUGAUCGUAAGUCACUAAGGUAACCUUAGUGCAAUGUUAAAGAAUGGGUGGAGAGCGCAUGGAUCAGGGCCUCCUUUCACAAAACAACCUUUACUAAGGUUAACCUUAACUGCCAUUCUUUAACAUUGAACUAAGGUUACCUUAGUGACUUACGAUCACCUUAGUGCUUUGUGAAAGGAAGCCCUGGUCAGCAUGGCUUGAGAGAACGGGUUAUGUCAAAAAGUGCAACCGAAUUUAACAUGGAAAUGGGUGAUGUGAAAGCAGACUUUCCUUCAGUGGACUGUCAUAAUAUUUAUUGAAUUAUUUAUGGGAUCGAGGCUGUCUCUCUUCACACAAAUGUUUAUUAACGUCUAAUUUAAAAUUGCUGUUUGAGUGUGCAUGUAUCGAUAUGUUUAUUGUAAUGGGUACAGCGCAACGCCCGAGUAUUUGUAUAUAUUUCAAUUAUAUUUCGUUAUAUUUCUAUACCAAUAACUGCAAUGCAGAACAUGGACUGUGAAUAUGUCCAUGUGUGAGAAUAUAUGUACUGUUGCGUUGCCUUAUAGUGUACGCUCAGGAUGUACUGCAGCCUUAUAGUAAAUACACCAGGUGUAUUAUUUGAUGAUUGCUGUUAUCUCAACUUGCUAUCAAAACUUUGUGCAAGAAUUUAUUUCAAAGAAGUAUGCCUAAUUUGAAGUACACAUAUACAAAGAGGUUAUGAAGGUAAAUUGUGUGAUCCAUUAUUUUAUUAUUGUUCAUAUACAUUUUUCUUAGGACGACAAUUUAGAUGUGUUUUUACUACCGUGUGUAAAACGGAUGGUGGCGCUCCAUAUAAAUAUAUGAAAAAUGCCAACAAAUGUUUAUAUUUUUUAAACUAAUUUGAUUACCAUGAGAUUUGUGAACUAAUUCGAUGACUAGGGAUGGUGUGAACUAACUAGAUGACGAGGGGUUUUGUGAACUAGAUUACUGGGACAGUUGUAAACUAUUUAGUUGACGAAAAACCGUGUUGCGUAUGCGCCAGCUCCGAAAGGGCUAAUGCAAACUGCAAUUUUUGCCAAACCAGGUUAUCUAUAUUGCAACAUGUCACGUCAUUAUAUUUGAUAAUUUAAAAAGGAGACGAUUUUGUGAUAUAGACUGGGACAGGGACGUCCAAACACAUGGUUCACAGGUAGUUUCUAUACGCGUAGACGCGUCACCAUAUAGCCUGUUACGACGGGUCAUUUCUACAGUUCACUUAUAUCAGCACAGCCGUUUAUUCAUCCAUGAUACACCAAUUUGUAAACGGGCAUGCAGCCAUUAAUAUUUUUCAGGUCUUAACCAGAGUUUUUGGUAUGUCGCAAGGUGAUGACAAUAAUAUAUACUACUCAAAAUAAUAUAGCCUACUCGAAAGAUGUUAAAUCACUCAACCCUUUCACACUAUAUAUAAUAGUUAUAAACACUGUUGUGUCGAAUUUGAAGGGAUAUACAUACAUGAAUACUUCUGAGUUAUUCGAGGUUCGAUGAACAUGUUUGUGAUGAUCCGUUAGAGAUAAACACCGUGCCUAUGCUCCUGCAUUUAGUGUAUACGUCAUGUCAAUGUUACAUUACUGGGUGUACACACAACAUGUACGCGUACAGUACGCCUUUUGAUGUAACUUGUGAGAAUGCGUCAUGGUGAGAGAAAUAAAAUAUUUAUUUUCAGAAA